AGUGGGAGAGAGAGAGAGGGAGAGAGCGAGAGGAACAAAUUGAUUUAACAAAAAAGGAGCCGGGGCGGGUUCGAGAAAGAGUGGGGAGGAAUUAGGGAAAUAAAACGGGGGGUGGAGUAUUUGAUAAGUCGGGGAGGUCAGUGCAGCAGGAAUGGAAGGGCUCGCUCGACCUUCUAUCGCACCGAAUGGGGUGGUGGCAGCAGCCGGAUCGGCCAAGAAAGGCAAGACGGACGGACUCGACUUGACUGCUGGGCUAGUUACUCUGGCGCAUGGCAUGGCGUGGUGGAGGACUCGGAUGGAGUACAAAUUGGCAGUCGACACGUUUUUGCUUGUCGACGGCCAGCACAAGACAGCACAGGACACAUGAUUCUGGUGGGAGUCAAGUCGGCGCCGAGCAACGAAUGGGCGGAGAGAGAGAGGGAGGGAGGAGAAUAAAAGGGGGCGGCGGCGGACAUGGCGCAGCAGCUACAGAUGCUAGAGUGCUUAGUAGCGGCGCCGGCCACGCGAUGCCAUGCGCAGCAGGCAUCGAGUGGAGUGGAGAGAGGCGAAAGAGAAGUGUUGAAGAAGUGAAUUUGACAAGAACGUUUGUUGGACAUGCUGCGACGACGUCGGAUGUCCAAGUCGGCAGCAGCAGCAAGCAGUCAAAUGACGUCGAUUGUUGUUGUUGUUGAUGAUUGUUGUGGACAUUGGCCACGUUAUGCCCUGCAUAUAUGCUGGCCCUG